AUGGAUGAAUUAUUGGAGAAGUUGUAUUCAAAGUUGAAAGUGGAUAGGUCAUUGUUUGACUUAAAGUUGGAAGUGUCAUUUACAUGCAAUGAUUUUAGUGUAGAUCUCAUUGAAAUCACAGAUGAUGAAGGAGUUAGUGCUCUUAUUCUUGACAAUUCAAAGUCCUUAAGACAUCGGGUUCCUUUAUGCAUUAGUUCGAUUGCAAAGAACAUUGCUCUUCUUGAUCCAUCUCCUAGAGCGAGUGUUAAUAUGGAAAAUCAUAAUCAAUCCUAUAGGGUUGUUCCACAAACAGCUCCUGGGCCAAGUGUAUACAUGGGAGGUCCUAGUCAAAAUGAAAGUUUUUUCCCCCAACAAAUCUCCCGCAUGAUGAUGGGUAUGAAUAUGAGCCUUAUGUCAAUGACGAUCCAAUUGCCCAUUUUGGUGAUGAUGAUGAAAGAGUUGAGAGUCACACUGGAUGCAAAUAACCAUCUAUAUCCAGUUGCAUUUGGUAUUGUGGAUAGUGAGAAUCAUGAUUCAUGGAAGUAUUUCAUGUCAAAUCUAAAGGAAACGAUUGGGCAAGUUGAGGACCUUGCAUUUGUAUCUGAUAGGCGUGCAAGUAUUACACAUGCCUUGGAAACUAUUUUCCUCGAUGCCUAUCACGGUGCUUGCUACCACCACAUUGGUAUGAAUGUGAUUGCUGAAUUCAAGACUGAUCAUUGUCAUGUGUUGAUGUAUAAUGCGGCAUAUGCUUUUAGGAAAUCCGAGUUCCACGCUCACUUCGAAAAAAUCAAAUCAAAAGAUCCAGCUAUUGCUCAAUACCUAGAAGGCAUGGGUUUUGAUAAGUGGUCCCGUGCUUACUUUCCUGGAAAUAGGUAUAAUAUAAUGACAAGAAAUUACGCGGAAAGUUUCAAUAAUAAGACCUGGGACGCUAGGAGCUUUCCGAAAACUACAUUCAUCGAAUUUAUUCGCUUCACACUGCAGUCUUGGUUCUGUGAUAGGAGAGAAACUAGCGAGAAGACAACUAUAACUCUCACACCAACCUAUGAGAAAUAUUUGGUGGAGAUGGCUGAGAAAGCUCGAUUCUUGAUCCCUUAUGAAAUAGUGAGGCAUGAGUUCCAUGUGUUUGAUGGUGAGCUGAAUGGUGAAGUCGACCUUCUAAAUAAGACAUGCACAUGUGGUGUGUUUCAGCUUAUUGGUAUCCCAUAUGUUCAUGCACUAUCUGGAUCUCUUAAGCGAGGGAUGAAAUUUUAUUUGCUGUGUUUAAGUUACUAUAAAAUUGAGACAUGGAGAUCCUCUUACACAUAA